AUGGCCAUGAUGCCCGAACCUUCACCGUCCAGUAUAAGUGCCAGCAUGAGAUGCAAUCCUGUGAAGCGAUAUGAACAUUCACCAGCAUCUCAACCUCUUAAUUGGGGUCCAGAGUCGACGUCUUUUACAAAUGUACUCGACGCUGGUAGUCCAAAAACCUGCACACCCACAACCCGAUGUCCACUCUCGUCGAAACCUCGCAAUUGCUUACCAGUGAAUCCUGUAUGCUCAAAAGUGCAAAAUAAGCUUUGCUCACCUAUACGUUCGUUAUCUUGCUCUUUCGUAGGCAAAGAUUCGUGUUGUAACGAUCUCUACAAGAAGUGGUCGAAGAACGAGUUCAAAAACAUCGGCUGUGACACGGAAGUUGAGGACCGGAUGGCGGCGAGAUACGUUUCAUCAUCGGACUCGCAGUUAAACAAGCCGCCUAACCGCGACACCCAAAAGUCCCUGUACUGCACCAUAGAGCAGAUGUGCACCACCGUCGGCCAGCUCUCUGGCCAACUUAAGGAGUUGAUGUGUCGGAUGAUGGAAGCUUUUGAGAAGACGUGCACG